UGACAUCGACAGAACAGCUUUUGAUUUUGACAUUGACUUUGACUUAAAAAUAAUACAAGACUCAAAAACUGUCUGCCGUUGUUGCUGUUAUAAUCGGCUAAUGUUAAAAAUCAAAAUAAACAAAUAAGAACAUCUUAGUAAGCCAUGGGUCGCCGAAAAUCAAAAAGAAAGCCGCCACCCAAACGUAAGGCUAUUGAGCCAUUAGAUCAGCAAUUUAACUGCCCUUUUUGCAAUCAUGAAAAGUCCUGUGAAGUUAAAAUGGAUCGAGCGAGAAAUACAGCUAGAAUACAAUGUCGGGUGUGCUUGGAAGACUUUCAGACCACAACAAAUGUUUUGUCCGAACCAAUUGAUGUCUACAAUGAUUGGGUAGAUGCUUGUGAAAGCGCUAAUUAAUUUUAAGGCAAUAAAAUAAUUUUCCUGUAUAUGUUUUUAUGUUAUACCAGAUUAUAAACUCGUAUUU